AUGUCAGCCGGCGGCGGGGCCAUUUCCAACGGUUCAGAGCCGAAGCUGGACGCGAUGUUUGAUGAGUUACGAGAUCCUUCAGAAGAUGCCAAGGACGCGCUGGGAGUCGAGUCAACAAUGGCCUACUUGACAUCCUUAGGACUGAACCCGGAAAGCGGAGAAGUUUUUGUGGCGUUGGAGCUGGUUCAAGCACCGAGUCUUGGCGAGAUCACCCGCAAGGGCUUUGUCGAUGGCUGGAAGACAAGCGUAACAAAAGAGGAACAGGCCAAAUACAUCACGACCCUCUUAAAACACUUUUCCACCGACCUUGCCUACUUCAAGCGGGUAUACCGGUACACAUUUGGUGCAGGAAAAGAGCCUGACCAGCGGUCGAUGAGCCUGGAGAAUGCAAUUGAGUUCUGGAAAGUCCUCUUUGCGGCACCCGGCCGCCCCUGGAAGACGGCCUCGCGCGAUUGGACCCCGCUCUGGAUCGCGUUCCUUGAGGAGAAGUGGACGCGGUCUGUUAACCGCGACAUGUGGAACCAGACGCUCGAAUUUGCCAUUAAGUGUAGCGAGGACGAGACAUUGGGCUUCUGGAACGAAGACGGCGCCUGGCCUAGCGUCAUCGACGACUUUGUCGCGUGGUGCAACGAGAAGGGCUACACAGGCAACAAGAAGGACUCCAUGGACACCUCCGAAUAG